AUGGCGGCCCCACUGCUUUGGCAGAACUUCAAGGUGCUCAUCGCCCGCUACCCGAUAAUGCGCGGCAUGAUAUCGUACAGCCUGAUCUGGCCCACGGGCAGCCUUAUCCAGCAGACGGUGGAGGGAAGACGCUGGGGCACCUACGACUGGUGGCGCGUUCUCCGGUUCAGCAUGUACGGUGGCCUCUUUGUGGCUCCCACGCUCUACGGCUGGGUGAAGAUCUCCAGCGCUAUGUGGCCGCAAACGUCGCUAAAGACAGGCGUCAUCAAGGCGGCGGUGGAGACGAUCUCCUACACCCCCGGCGCGAUGACCUGCUUCUACUUCAUCAUGAGUCUGCUGGAGUCCAAGACGGUGGAGGAGGCGGUGGCCGAGGUGGGCAAGAAGUUCCUGCCGACGUACAAGGUGGCUCUAUCCGUAUGGCCCCUGGUGGCCACCAUCAACUUCACCCUGAUCCCCGAGCGCAACCGGGUGCCCUUCAUCAGUGCCUGCAGCCUGUGCUGGACCUGCUUCCUGGCCUACAUGAAGCACCUGGAGCACCACGAAGUGGAUACUGCUAUUUAGUGGACGUAUUUCUCAUAAUUUUAGUAGUUUAAAUAAAUUAAAGUUAAUUGGAAACAUUGA